AUGGAGCCCUCAUUCGACCUCCCCGAUUCUACCGACUGGUUGGGCACGCCAUUGUCGCUACUAGCGCCUCUUGAGUCCUCACUUCGCUGUCAAGUCUGCAAGGACUUCUUCGACACCCCGGUCAUUACCUCUUGCAGCCAUACUUUUUGCUCCCUUUGCAUUCGACGGUGCCUGAGUACCGAGGGAAGAUGUCCGACAUGUCGGUCGGGGGACCAGGAGCUCAAGCUUCGCCGGAACUGGCUCGUGCAGGAAAUUCUAGAAGCGUUUAAGAACGCCAGGGAGAGUGCGCUCACGCUCGCCAGAAAGGAAGCCGCGCGAAUCGUAGCCGAGAAGGCUGGAGGUUCUGAACCACUUUCCAAAAAGCGAAGACUACGUGACAAUUGCGAAGCUCAAGCGAUUGAUGAUGGUGAGGGGGAAUCUGGCCGUGUCCGCACGAGGUCGCAAACACAGGUUGUACGGGCGCCAGCAGGUGGACACGACGAUGGACAAGCCUCGGGGUCGGUUGAAGUGAUUGAGGACAGUCAAGACGAAGAGUUUGUGCCUGAAGAUGGUAUGGUUGCGUGUCCAAUUUGCGGCCGCAGGAUGAAGAACGAGGCUGUUUUCGAGCACUUGGACAGCUGUACUGGAGAUUCUGGAUCUGUCGCAAAUUCAGUGCGAAAGCCUCAAUCAUCAUUCGGACCUCUACAGACCCAAAUGCAAGGGCCGAUGCCACCCGCAAAGACACUUGAGAGACUCCCAGCGAUAAACUAUUCUCUCCUCAAGGAUAUUCAGUUGCGAAAGAAAUUCCGUGAUCUGGGGAUACCGGACUGGGGUCCCCGGCAGCUCCUGCAAAGACGUCAUACCGAGUGGAUGAAUUUGUGGAAUGCGAAUUGCGACUCUUCGGUCCCAAAAAGCAAGAGAGACCUGUUGCGCGAGCUUGACGUCUGGGAGAGGACUCAGGGUGGGUUUGCGCCACAUCAGUCGUCACUGGGGCCAAGUACUGCUGUAAUGGCCAAAGAUUUUAAUACAGCCCAGUGGUCAGUGAGCCACGACACGGACUUCAAACGUUUGAUUGAAAACGCCCGCAAGAGGAGUGACGCCCAAAUACGAUCAACCAUCCCUGGUGCAGCACAAGUCUCCGGGUCAAGCGAUACGCCAGUAGACCACCCUGCUCGUCCAGCAGCUGAAAUUGAGGCAGACCUUCCGCCGGAAAAUAAAAUGGAUCCAAACGUUCCAAAUGAUAUGCUUUAA